UUUUAGGCGUCAAUGAUGAGUUCUGGAAACUACACCUACCAAAGGGCCACGAGCACCGCAGUAGUUUCUGGUUUCCGUGGAGUUGACCUUCUGGGUUACUUCUGAGGGCUCAACUUGACUGGCCAUCAAGUUCAGCACUGCCCAGUUCGUUGUUUGUUUCAACUGGUGAUCAGAUGGGCGUGAACCAGUCCGUGGGCUUCCCACCUGUCACAGGACCCCACCUCGUAGGCUGCGGUGAUGUGAUGGAGGGCCAGGGUCUCCAGGGGAGCUUCUUUCGACUCUUCUACCCCUGCCAAGAGGUGGAGGAGACCAUGGAGCAGCCCCUGUGGAUUCCCCGCUCUGAGUACUGCACUGGCCUGGCCAGUUACCUGCGCUUUAAUAAGCGCUGGGGGGGGUUGCUGUUCAGCUUGGCUGUAGGAUCUUGUCGCCUGCCUGUUAGCUGGAAUGGCCCCUUUAAGACAAAGGACUCUGGAUACCCCCUGAUCAUCUUCUCGCAUGGCAUGGGGGCCUUCAGGACACUGUAUUCAGCCUUCUGCAUGGAGCUGGCCUCCCAUGGUUUUGUGGUUGCUGUCCUGGAACACAGGGACGGGUCCGCCGCGACCACCUGUUUCUGCAAGCAGGCCCCAGGGGAGAGCCAGCUGACUCAUGAGCCACUGGAGGAGGAAUGGCUCCCUCACCAUCAGAUUGAAGAAGGGGAGAAGGAAUUCCAUGUCCGGAAUUGCCAGGUACAUCAGAGGGUAAGCGAGUGUACACGGGUGUUGAGGAUCCUGCAAGAGGUCACUGCUGGGCAGAUCGUCCUUAACAUCUUGCCUGAUGGGUUGGAUCUGAUGACCUUGAAGGCACUGUACCAGAGGGACAGGGUAUUCUGA